AUGACUGGGUACGACUUGCAAAUUGCAUCAUAACGCGUUAGCUGAUUUGGUCUGUGGUGUUACUUGCAUGGAUAGACAUACACUUCCCACAUUUGCUUUAUUGCACACGAAACAAUACCUACCUUGAAAUCGAGGCGGACAAUAUAACUCAUUGUAAAUAUGUAUAGUUUUCACUGCCAGCCAGCAAAUUCGGGAAGUGUCCAUUGAUAGCGACUAUAGAUGUCCAUUACUGAAUGGUGUGAGGGGAAUUAAAUGAAUGGAAUAAGAGGAAAGCAAGGGUCCAUUAUGUAAAUGGAAUAAGGGGAAAAGAUAUUUUCAACAAUCUUUUUUGAUAAAGUUAAACAAAACUAUCCUACCAUACCAUGCAUGACACAUGUCAGAGAUUCAAAGUGUGUGGGCAUAAAAUGCAUGUGGAACGUAAAUCAUGUUAUUGUAGUUAAAUUAUAUAUAGAAUAUAUAGGACUAUUGAAUGGUAUAUGUACCGCAAAAAUACCGGUAGUUUGUUAUGAGAAACUAUAUGUGGUGUUUGAAAUAUAAAUAUUUGUAUGUUUUAGCAUUAAUUUUGAUGGUUUAAUUAGUCUUUCUCACACUCGAUUUAUUUAUUUAAGUCAGAGUACGUACGGACUGCAAAAUGCACAUUUUAUCACUGUAGUUGCGUGUCUAAUUGUAAAUGUACAGUUACAACUUUGAAAAGUCAUUUUUUACAUUGCUUUAAUUUUCUAGAUUCUUUGACGAGGGAGGACAGUACCCCAAAAAUAGGCGGAUAUUGGCCCACAUGAGAAAGACUAAUUGACUUUACUUUCAAUGUACAUUGUACAUUGUGCAUUGUACAUUGUAGACAAUUUUUCCACUGGGUGAUAAGAGAAGUGUUGAGAGCGUUGGUGCACACCUUAAAUUAAUCAAUAUUUAAUUGCUCUUGUACAACAACAUGUUGCUGCGUCAAACAACUUCACUGUUAUAAGGCCCGGUUACACUAUACACAACGAUAAACAUAGUAACAAAGUUAGCAACCGAAAAUUUAGGAUUUUUUAACUUUUUGUAUUGUAGUUUUUUGUUAUUUCAAUAAAUAUAUCUCAGACCAAAUUCAACUUAUUCAAACAAUCAUGUCUUCAACUGGUCUCAACAGCAUUACAUCUGCCGGCUGGGCAGAUACAAAUACAAAAUAAAUUUAUCUUGGGGAGUAACAGAAAUUUAAAAUUUUGAAAAUUGACUUUAUUGAGAAAGUUUUCUCCAAUUAUUUCAAGAUCGGGAAAGUAUCACAAAAUAGUUGAGAGAAAAGGGCAGAUACAAAAAUUGUAGUGGCAUUCUUGUCGUCACAAGGUAGAAUAUGACCCUUUCGUUUAAUUAGUAUAGGUAAUAGCAUGGUUUCGAGUGCAAUUUGGAUAUAACAUGCACGAGUGAGUUUUUCAAAGACCUCAAAAUAGCACGAGUCCGAAGGACAAGUGCUAUUUGAGGUCUUUGAAAAACUCACGAGUGCAUGUUUAUCCAAAUUUCACGAGAAACCAUGCUAUUACUUAUUGAUAAUUUACAUAAAAAUUUUCGAGAUAAUUGUAGUUUUAACUUACGCGUUUAUAGCGAACAUUCCACUGGCAAAGUUUUCCUGGCUUUGUUAUAUCACAUUAUACAAUACUAACAGCUUGAAAAUUCCACUCAACUGUGUAGUUUUUGUUAGUCUUGCUUAAGGUAAAUGCUUUUCCAUUUAAAAAUAAAGAUAAAAGCCAUAUUUUCCACGCGAAGGCAACUUUUUCUUUGUGUAGCGCGGCGCCAUGUUUGUUUUGUUUUGAAGCAAUAUCUGUGACCGUUACUUCUUUGAACUAAAUUGCUUUAAACUGAUUGGUUGAUUUAAUCAUCACAAUGUUUUUCCACCAAUCAGAUCAGUUUGUUACAGAUUUUUGCACUGUGAUUACAGAAAAUUGCACUGUGAUUACAAAAAAUUGUACUGUGAUUACAGAAAAUUGCACUGUGAUUACAGAAAAUUGCACUACUGUUUGGGAUUAACUGCACUGAAAUCAACCAAUCACAGUCGAGUAAUAUCUUUAUGUAUAUUAUUAUAAUUGAAAUCAUGUGUUGUUGUAAUAAUAUAGGAAGUGAUUGCUGUUUUAGAUUGCUUUCUUCAUUGCUCCGACGACUUUCGAAUGAGAACUAGAAAACAUGCGCUCGUGGCUAUUCGUGGUUUCCGUCGCAUAUUGUCUAUGUUUAGCGCGUAAGUACUUGACGUUAUUUUUUACUAUAUGGUGAGAGCUGUAAACUGUAUUUGGUAUAUUAUUACUUCGUAUGUGCGCUUUUAAGGGCGUGACACACCGGACGCGAUUCGACAACUCUGCGCAAUUUUUUGAUUUUCACUGACCGAUAACUUUGAUCCUGGCGCUAUAACAUUUUGAGUUCUUUGAUCUAGAUUUCUUUUAAAAUUUCUUUCCAUUGGCUGUUUUAUUAACUUUCAAAAACUGAACAAUCGCGCCGCGUUGUCGAAUCGCGUCCGGUGUGUCUUGGCCUUUGUACGAAACGCCAAUGCUGACUGUGUGCGCGUUUUCUGUCUUCUUGAUGCGCAAUUCAUAAUCUCUAUCGACUCAGUCUCUGAUUUUUCUCAACUGUACGUGGCGCUGUUGGAAAAUACAGGCGAAUUCUUUGGCGUCAAAUUUAUCAUGAAAACAUUUCAAUUUCCUUAUUGAACAAUAAGAUGAAAUCCUAAGUUUGCAUGCAUUACUGUAUUUCCUGUGUUGAUUUUCCCGCGAUUAUCUGACCUCUGUAGAAAGUUUUCAGAGAACUGAACGCGCGUCUUGCCAUGUCGACGUUUGUAACUGUGGCUGUUAAAGGCAAAAGCAAUGCUUUUACAUGAGUUGGCGCUUGCAAAAUCGAUUUGUCACAGUUUCAAUACUUGUCCUUCCAAGAAUCGACUAUAGAUUUCAACACUCGCCACUCGGUAGACUUUAUAAAUGCAAGGCUACAUAUAAUUGUGGAUUUGUGGAAAACAUGCAUUUCAUAUAGUAUGACCGUGGCCUGUUUGGAACGUGAUAUUUUGUUAUUUAAUAAUUGUUGAUGGGCUUUGCAGAUGGAAAUUUCGAGUGGAAUUUUUUAUACAUUUAUUAGACCUAAGAAUGAAUGGAAUGCUUCAGUAUACGCUUGAGCGUACGCUUGCUUCAGUACGCUUGCUGUUACGUCUGUUACGUCGCAAGACUAUACAAGAAUACAUGUCCACACACACUGGCAGGCGAAUAACAGCAGGUUAAAAUUUAACCCAUGGGUAGGGUUGAUCGGGCUUUAAUUGAACAACGGGCGCCUGAUCAACUGAACAACUACUUUCUAGAUCAAUAUUUAUCGACCUCAAAAAAGCAUUGGACCCGGUCAAUCAUGCUUUAAGCCCUGAUUCCACGAGCGCUUUUUGUCAGCGAAAUGCGAAAUAUUUCGCCUGUUUCUUUCGAAUUGUGAGCAAUCAAGUAGAAAUAAUUUAUUCGAGUGGUCGCAAUUCAAAAGAAACAGUCGAAAUAUUUCGCAUUUCGCCGACAAAAAGCGCUCGUGGAAUCAGGCCUUUACAAGCUAAACCACUGUGGUGUACGAAAUAAUAGUUUAGAUUGGUUUCGUGAAUAUUUGACCUCAUGAACACAAAAGAUAGUACUCUGGAAGAUAUAUGCAGCAUUUCAAGCGUAAAUCACGGAGUACUCACAAGGACCUACAGUAUCCUAUUGGACCAUUUUUUAUUUCGUACAGAAACAACUUACCUCAAUGCCUGGAUUUUUUAUUUCGUACAUAAACAACUUACCUCAAUGCCUGGCGUCUAUAAGAUGGAUGUCUAUAAGCAUAAGCGGAUGAGAGUGUUGUUUGAUUCUCAACUGCCUCCACAGUGGCGUAACUCCUAUGAGGUCUACCCAGUAAGAACCGGGGGCACCCGGGCAAUCGGGCUUCCAGGGGGGGGGGGCACCCUGAAGUGCCUGAUUGAGUUGUCCAGCGGCCUUGUUUCUAUAAUUUCCGUUUCGUAAAGCUAUUAAGAACUUUUGAGAUUCAGAUUUUCUGUAUCAACUGCACUAGCACAGAUGGUAUAUAACGUGACUCCAGAAGUUGAAGCGAAACUAUGACGAAGUACAAAUGGACAAUCGGAAAAAUGGAAUGUCUUUGGAGCCAAUGGCAGUGAAUUAAAGAAGUACACGACGUGUUUCGACAAACAGAACUGACAAACAACCGAUCUUGUGUUCAUCUGAUUUCUUCAGAAUGGUUUCCACUUGCCAGGAUAUUUCCAAUUUAGAAGGAAAUUGUAAGGACCGGUCAUAAAGCCCUUAAAAAUUGAUGACCCACCCCUGCGUUGAAAAUUUGCUUCAAGGCAAACUCUUCACUUUCUUCGUGUUCUUUCUCGUUCCACUAUAGUGUGUACUACAAGACAUAGCCAACAAGUAGUACACACUUUAGUGGUGAAAAUUCACGGAUAACCCUUCAUAACUGCUGUGUAGCGAGCGAGCCUGAAGCUAGCCUGAAGCGAGCGAACGAAGCAGCAUUCUAAUAUGCCAGAGAGGUGGUUUUGAAGCAAUGUUGGACCGCUGUAAUUGGCAGUAGCUGUUGUGGUUUCCCAGCCAGUGAAUGUAUAAGUAUUAUGGCAAAGUAAAUAAAUAAAUUUUAUUUAGCGCAUUCCAUUGUCGUCGUGCGCCCUUGCUAUGCGCAGCCGCAGAACACUAAAUAUAAGCGACGUGCGACAUACAGUAUUUGAGGCGUAUUUGAAAGAUAUCGUUUUGCUUGCUUCGACUUGUAAAUUAUUUUGACUCAGGCACUCAGCGUAAGGUUUAGUAAAGUUUUAGGCCAUAAUUUAGUGUAUAAAAUAAUGUGACUGCACUUUGUGCCUUGUAAUUCACUCAGUGGAUUUGGCCACUGACCACUGUUAGUUCUAUAUUAUUAUAAAGUUUUGGUUUCUUAGAUUAAUUUAAUUACCGGCUGUGUAUAUAAUGUGGUAAAUGCGCCCAGCAGUAUUAGACUCAAUAUGAAAUCCAAUAGCAAAAACUUGUGUUAUACAAUUUACCUGUACAUCUUAAGAACGCUUUGUCAUUUGUAUUUAUACGCGUACUAAAGCAGCGCGUAUUAAUUCGUCAGAUUCCACUUGGUCUUGGAAAUAUUAUAUAUUCUGGCUGUUAUGCUUUAGUGAAUAUUACUUCCAUAAACAUUGACACGCAAGUAUUCAAUGAGACGCACAUGUUUAAUUUUCAGCUUUUUUAUUAUUAUUAUUUUUUAUAAUAAAAAUGGUGCUUGCCAUUUCAUUUGCCUUGCGAGAUCAUGCCCGCUUGCCACGAUCUCAAUAGAGGCAGAGGAGAUGUAAUAUUACAUUUAAUUGAGGAUGUAUGUGCAUAAUUACAGUGGCAAACAUUUCACUCUUUAUGUCAAAAACAAUUUCCGAUUAGUGCUAUUUUAUAGUUGUGUUUUUCAUAUUUUGCUAUAUAUUUAUAUUUCCAGUUUAAAAAAUCCAUUAAAAUUGGCUUCUAGACGACAAGCGAUCUUCAAAAAGGUCUAUGAUCCCCCGCAUUGGGGGCACCCAAUCCCGGUAGGACCAGGGGCAGCCUGGUCCAAACUUACCCCACUGUGCCUCCAUAAAUGAUGUAAAGCGCGUCGUUCAGAAAGAUUUGUGGGAAAAUAUCACAUCAUGGAUGAAUGAAAAUAAAUUGAUUCUCAACGAAACCAAGACAAAAACUGUACUUUUUCGUAGAAGAUUCAGGCUUGGAAAGAUCCCAUCUUUAGUAUCUAUUUCUUCGUAAAAAUACUUGAACAGGUUUCAAAAUCUUAAAUUCUCAGUCAGACUGGAAAGAACAUACAGAAUCUGUCAAUGUCCAUGCAGGCUGCUACGAUUGAAGCUAUUAUCUCGCAUUAGACCUUGUCUCACUCCUGGCGCGCUUCUAAAACGUACUAUCCUGAGCACAUUAAAGACAGCUCGAUGACCCAUUAUACUGUAGCAUGCGUACUUAUUUAUGUAAUUUGUGCAUGGUAAUCAUAUAAGCUUAGUAAAAUUUUAGUUCAAAUUUUGUAUUUCAUAUGGAUAUGUACAGCAGUGAUUCGUGACCUAAAACAUUUUAUUUGCUCCCUAUGUCCUAUAUAGCCCCAGAAACAACACAAGUUCCAGUUGACACUGUGUCAACACAAGGCUUGCCUGAUGUUGGAACAACGGAAGCACCAACAUCUACCAUUCGAAUCGGUAAACUUGAUAUUCUACUUUGUUUUUAGUUAAUAUGUCAAUAAAUAUGCGAGUAUUUCAAUAACGAGAUAAAAAGUGCGCAUAUUCUAAUUUAGCUCCUGGUCCCUGGCGUUUAAUUUAAGACUGUAAACUAUACGGUUUAAUUUUUUUAAAAUUUCUUGACAAUAUUUCAGUUAUUAAUUACCAUCUCGAUGUUACAAUUGUGAACCAAAAAAGUGUCAUAAUUAUCAUGACCUUUCCUGGUCGAGCAAAUCAGCGAUUUGUGAUUCCUGCAUGUUGGUGGAAGUUAUAUAUCCAAUCAAAUCAACACCUUCUACACGUCAACAAAUAGCCAUCAUAGCAUAUGAUACAGAAACGUUUAUUCCAGUUAUGAUAAACGGCAAGAGCGCAUUUCAGUGUAUUUCCAAGUAUUACACCAGCAGGGGCGGAUUUAAAACGUUGCAACCGUGGCAUAUGCUGCGGUCAGACUUUCCCAAGAUAUAUUUUCCCAGGGUGUAUCUUUGAAAAAUUAAAAAGUUACACUAUUUUCUAAUUGCUGAUAUUUUCAAUUUUUCAUUGCUAAUUAGCGCAAUUUUUUUCAAAUUUACUAAAUUAUGAUGUUCUGUGUUGGCGCACUGUACUCAGGUGAGUAUAAUGUUUGUGAUGUUACUCUGAGUGUAUAUCCACACAUUUUUUACAACUUUCUCUUAUGUACUUUUAGCAUAACACCACAUUCGCUUAUAAACAUUUGGUGAAAACUUGGUAACUAUCGUAUUUAUGGUACUGUACCUAUAUUUUCUUACGUUAAUUUCUUACUUUUUCAGAAACACUUCCAACAACAAAACCUGAAGGUAUGUCAAGAAAUUCUUAAUAAUAAAAUUCAUGGUGCGAUAAUUCAAGAUUUUUUGUCGCAUCUGACUAGUACUCCGAAGGUUAUUGCCUUCAGCCUUGUACUUGAGCUCACUCAUUAGUGAGCGGAUUUCCCAACAGGCUACUGCCCAAUUGAUAGGAGAUGCGAGGUACCUACGAUUUUUAUGUCCUUAUCCGAGAAGACGCGGAAGUCGAUGUAUACUUACUUGAAAUUAUGAGCUAGAACAAGGAGCGCAAUUGCAUAUUCAAACACUACAAUCGACUCGAACAUUUGCCAAGACAUACCAGCCUACACACAGUACACUUACGCUUUCAAAUACAUUGGGCUUGGUAAGUAAGGUCUUAGCAGCAAAAAGGUAAGUACGCAUAUAGUGAGAGUAUUGCGUACCUCGAUGGUGCGAGAUCAUACAUUUACAUUUUACAUUUUUGCAAAUUUUUCAAUUUGUGAUGAGAUAAAGGGCUAUAUAGCCAAGGCUAUGCACUUUCCGGAAGGAUCUAUUAUCGCACCUGAAAUUUAUUUUUUAGCCAACAAUGUCAAACAUCAGUUUUAGCUUUACUUGUUUUCUCCAAUAAAUAAUAACUUAUAUUGAACUAUUUAUUUUAGUGUCAACUCCAUUGUCGACGUUGCAACCUGGAGGUUAGUUGUACUCCUAUUCAUUUUAUAAUAUUUCAUUCCAAUCCAAGGUUCUCAGCUCCUUGGAAAUCCUAGAUUUCUAAUUUAGUCUGAAAACUCCUUGAAAAGUUCUGGAUAUUCAAAGUGAUUCCUGAAAAAGCCUGCAAAAGUGAACUUGUGCGAAAGUAUUAAACGUUCUGUUUUAGUACGGCUGAUCAGAAUAAUUACAAAACUUCCUUGCCCAUAGCAUAUUGAUCUUUUUCGAUAGUCGUACUACUUUAUAGCGAUAUUAGAGUGAAAAACUUGUUGACUAUUGGCGAAAUUAUUUUUGUCAUAUUAUUGCAAAUGGAAGUAGAAACGUUACGACAGAAAAAAGUUAUUGUAAGCAGGGCGUAAGAACAGGGGGAAAGGCCUCCCCCCCCAUUUUUUCAAAGGACCAAAAGUGCCCUUUUUUGUGAUGAAAAGUGCCCUUUCUGUACAAGCUAAUGUCGCAGUAAAUACUAAAUUAACAUCAAUGGUGCCCUUUCUGUUUGGAAAUGUCGAUGUUUUUAAAAAAACAAUCGGUCGAAAACGUGCAAUUUCGGUAUGGUAUGACGGGAAAAUUUUCCUCCCCUUCCCGGCUCCAACACUUCUGGGAAAAAAAUUUUUAGGCAAAAGUGCCCCUGAAGCCGGUGCCCUCCCCCCCAGUCUUUUGAUGUUUCUUACGCCCCUGAUUGUAAGUCGUGUGUUUUUAAAGUGUACGAACCUGCUAACCAUUUGUUUAUUGUCUUUAGUUAUAUACCACAAUUCAUUUUAAUUCAUUUUCUAUAUUGCAUUAAGUUAUUUAAUUAUAUUUUUUGUUUAUAUGUGUCCUGCAAACGUCUUUUUAGAACUCCCGGUUAUCAUAAGAAAUCCGAAAAUCACUGAAAUUGUUCCAGCAUAUAAGAAGCGUUACAAGACAGUUGUUGGUUCUUCAAUAUCAUCGCCUGCUUCCAUUGCUAUUACUAUCGUCUGUCAAGCAAAUGGUGUGCCAACACCAACAAUUAAAUGGUCCCGAAACGGUGUUGUUCUUGAGUGCAGCACCAAGACUGUUACGAUUUUGAACCGAGGACGUCUUCGAAUCAAGUCUUUAUCUGUCAAUGAGAUCGGACGCUAUGAGUGCACCGCGAGUAAUAUUUUAGGAAGUGAUAGCGCAAUAAGCAGGAUCGAUAUCAAGGGUAAGUUUGACUGAAAUUCAACAUUUAGUAUUUAUAGGAACAGAAAUCAGUAUAGUAGAUAAUAUACUAAUGAGAGGGAAGAAAUACAUGAAGAAAAUAACGGAUGUUGGGAUGGAAGGAAGGGAGAGAUGGAGAAUGAAGGAACCAAUGAAAGAAGUAGGGAAGGGGCGCGGGGAUGAAACCAAGAAAGAUGCAUGAGGGGUGCACCGAAACUAUAAUUUUCCAGGGUUCCCGUUUCGGCUAAAAAACCAUGGCCGGAACCAGAACCCUGUCUUCAUUAGAAGAAUAAUAAAGUUCUUGCACUGAUAAACAUCGACCAAAUAUUUAAUUGAACAGAUCACGUAACUGACAUUUUAAUUACAUAGACAUGCUACCAUAGAGACAUAUUCCAACAUUUUAAGGGUGACAGCGUUCGUAUAAUCAUAAACGAUUAAAAUAACCUGAGUUCUGGUUCCGGGCGGAACUUAAAAUAUUGGUUCGGGUGCUCCUCUAAGAUUGCUGGUGGAACGAAUGGACGGACUUCUAAAUUCAAUUCCACAGUAAUUUGAUAUGAUAGUCCUGUUUGUAUUUUAUUGCAGUUCCUAUUCGAUACUUCCUUCCUAUCUUCUUUUUCAACCGCCUGGACGAGGAUGUCGUGAUAACGACGUCAUUAAAAGCACCAUAUGGUAAUCUACCUGUUGCGCCCAACGGCUCUUUCCGCUGUGUACUGCGUCCACUAAACUCUGGUCGUGUUUUUAUCAACGCUACUGAAAAGGACUCUGGGAAAAGACUUUUGGUUAACAAUAAAGAAACUGUUUCAUUGCGUACAAAUAGUUCACUUACUCGAUAUUGGCCUAUUGAUAUUACUGCAGGUAAGAUAGUGUCCCGUUAAAUUGCUAACUUAAUAUUGUACAGACCAUGUCUGGAUUUUAGGUAUCUUAUUCAGUAGAAUUAAUUAUGUAAUACUUCAUUUAAAUUGUGCUUAUUUAAUUGCCUGAUUAUGAUCACGUGACAUGGAAUAAAAAUUACCAUUUGCUGAACGUGCAAUGGAACACGUUCCAUUGCAGGCUCAGCCGUGCAAUAACGUCAACCAAGACCAAUUUUUACUCAAAACACUUACUGUCUUUGUAACGACAGACCUUGUUUACGACCAGCGACUGAUACAAAUUGGAGACGACCUACCUUAUUCUCAGAUUUUGCGAUUUACAACAUCGCAUAAUUGAACUUACUGUUUACAGUUGAAACCCGGCAUAAUUCAACGUGAUAAAUAGGAUAAAUUAUAUCUGUAAUUUCUGCCAAUCUGUUAAUAUCACGUACAGUAUGUAUGCAGUAAGAGGAAACUCGCGAACUCAACGUUCCACGUCUGCUUAUGUAUGGCUCGAUAGCAAAACCUUUGCUUGCACGAAUUUUUUCAGCCGUCUGCUUGUUUUUCUUUACUUUCACCCCUUGCACGAUUUUCUAUUUUGUUUUGCUUUGCGCGAAUUUUGGGAUCAAUUGAAGUGUACGACCCCCAUAAAUUAGUUAUCUAAAGAAAUGCCUCGUUCUUUUAUAAAGCCUUUUUAAUUUACUAAAGACACUUUUAAUUCAUGAACUAGAUCAUUCACGAGCAAAAAUAAGUAGGAGUUCUUAAAGAACGAGGCAGUUCUUUGGAGAAGUAACUUCUGGGGGGUCGCAUACUUCAACUGAUCCUUUUUUGUCCCUCCCCGCCAUCACCUUUCUACUGGUUCGCUCCCAAAGAGUGCUUGCUGCCCUUGUCGACAGAUCUUGGAAAUAUUUGGCCGUAAUAAUUUCUGCCUCUUCUAUAUUUAGCUGCACCUGAACAGUAUUACGUCUACCUAUAUGUUGAAAACAAGUUCGCCAAGGAUAUCAGGCUGGUUACUUCACUGACAAACUUUAGGAAUACAAUUAUUGAAGCUUCGAAGGGGAUUGCACUCCGUUUCCCUACCACAAGUCAAGCCGCAGUAACCAUCACUGCCUUUGAUUCAACCACUGGUCAACAAAUCAAGAUCAACAAUCUGGACAGUAUGACUUUCAUUCCAUCUCGGCAAACUGCUACACCAAAGAUAUUGAGCAUUACAGCGCCAGGUAAGGUUUUACUAAAUAUUUGAAAUCACCGAAUAUUAUGUACUGCAAAAAAAUUUUGACUCAAAUUUCAGUACAAUAAUACACCACCACAGUUACUCGAAAUAAUGAGUAAAAUUACUCAAAUUUACUAAUUUUUCUAGUCAAAAUUUUGUAAUCAAUAGUUUGUUUAAUGUUGCCGUAGUUGUGCCAACGCUUCUGCAUUUACGUAAGUUUUUCAAGUUUCCUCAUGAAAGAUUGGCAAACACGUUAGUCAAAUUUAGCGAAAUUUUUCCCAUUCGCGCGGGCUCGUAUUGUCAGCGGACAACUUACACAAAAUGGCCAGUUCUAUCUUCUGGAAAAUGCGAGUCUGCGCUGCUAGGAGAAAAUUUGCUGAAUAUGACCAGCAUGAAAAUAUUUCGAGAGUGAAUUUGGCAUACGGUACUACAGGGUGUCCCACAAAAAUGGUGUCCUAAAACAAACAAAAAUGCGUUGUCUCUUGGGAAUUGUUUUUGCUGAUUCGUCUGCUGUGUGUUGUUUGGCAAAAUUGUAGUUGGUUGCCAGUUAUUUCAACAUAUUAAACUUCAUUAACUACGAAAAUAACGUGCACGAAAAUGCAGAUAUGCAUCAACUUGGUUGGACAACAAUUUACACCUGAGGAAAGCACGUUUAUGGUGCUACUGUACCACAAAACAAGAGAGAGAGAGAGGGUAUACAUGUAUUCGUUGAAAUUUAUAGCUAAAUGCUAAGAAUAUUUUUCUAUUGAAAAUAAUGUAUUUUGAAACUUAACUUUUAUAGAAUAUUUGCCUGCGAAUAGGAAUUUUAUGUCUGUCAUCUUGUUAUUAUUAUCAUAUUAAUUAACUCUGCCAAGGGUGUGGAGGAAACCUGCUGCGCAAAGGUAAAACUUUAGCUGUAGGCAAAUAGUUUAACUGAUGGAACAACCAGAUUAUUUACAGGGUGCUGUCAUAUAGACACACUCAAACAUUUUACGUUUAGUUGCUUAUAGUCAGCUGUCGAGGCAAGUCAUUAAUCUUUUCAGCGGUAAUUUUUAUACAUCCCAUCUCCUCCCCACGCCUGCAUCCAUCAUCCUGGUGGUUAUGAUACUGGGGGAUGUGUGGGCGUAAUUUUUGCCAUCACCUUACUGGGCAAAACAAUGUUGAUACAUAUGUAAAAGUUAUAGUUAAUUAUUUCUGUCAAAGUUAAUAAAUAGUAAGUAAUUUCAAGAAUAAAAUGGCUAGGGGUAAUUGUAACCCCUAGCUCAAAAUAUCCCAAACUCGCGUUUGGCUCUUUCAAUUUUAAUUUAUACGGCAAAACAAGUGCCCAGUAACGAGCUGCGGAAAUGCAACAUCUAUAGUGCGACAUGUCAGGAAAUAGUAUAGUUCACUCGCGCAAGAUGACAGACAUAAAAUAACUUUUCCAAUAGCUGCCAUAAUUGCCAUAUUUUGACAAAUAAAAUACUGAAAAAUAAAUCUGUUAUAUUAAACUUUUGUUAGGAUAUAAUAAUUAAUAGCUUGCUUCUCAGUUAUAUUUACAGGUCUACUAACGAUGGCGGGAGGCAUUUUUGGGAGAAACACAGUGUAUAUCUUGGUUUCCAACAUAUUACAUAUGUUUUAGUAUUUUGAUAGGCUAUAUUUCUGUUUUUUAUUUAUAUAGGCCAACCUGUUUCUUACUGGUUCUACAUAGAGGCUACAAAUAACCAUCCUAGGGCGGUGGAGAUGGUUACGACGAUGCGUACACCCAAUAACACAUUCGAUAUUACACCUGGCAAUAUAUUCAGAAUGACUGUUAGAAUCAACAGUCCAAACUCUAUUAUUUUCCGUGUUUAUGAUAAGAGCAAUGGAUUCCCAGUUAUCAUCAAUGGAAAAUUCUCUGUUAGGUUAUCACCAACUCCAUCCCUACAGUCGGGUCCUCAACAGUUGUAUAUCGGAGGUACGUUCGUAAAGCAAUCAUAUCGCCACUGUAUAUUGAUAGAAUGACGCAAAUUGGCCAGUCAUCUUUAGUGGGGUACUAGUAACGUAUCUAGCCUUGAGCAAGAAACCCUGGGCAUUGCUUUUGUCCUUUAUUUAGCCAAGGUCUGACCUGUACGAUCCUUGGCUUCCGCCUUACCUUAGCUAAGCCUUGUGGUAAUGUUGUCACAAUUACCUUGCCGUGCCUGCUCUGAUCUGAUCUGACUUGAUCUUGGCUUGCCUCGCAGAACAGAGAUUGCAGUUUGACUUUAUUAUUUAUGAAGACAAACCGGAAUAUUUUUACUUUUUUGUCAGUCGUCAGGUCAAGCACAUUCUACCUUCGAGCUGAGAACUCUUGACACUUAUGUGAAAAGAGUCAGUCAACGCUCUAACGCCCUAACUGACCCCUAACUGACCAUUCUACCGUUGCUGUGUUCCGUGAUCAGACAUGACCUAGAAGGUGGCUGGCUGAGUGCAGAGUCCCACCCCCACCCCAUUCAGGGUGAGGGGUUAAAUGGGUUGGGUGCCUCCGGUUAGGAGGGGUUAGAAUGGAGGUGAGGGGCAGGUUAUAAAUGUGUCGGUAUGAUGAUAUAAAUCAUACAUAAAAGUGCACCUGUAUGACGAUAUGCAUCAUAAAAAUAAAGAGACAUGCUUGUGGCCUAUAUUAUAAAGCAGCAUGCCGUACAUGCAUACGUAAAUUGUGUUUCUCUUUUUUUCAUCUCUACAGCGCCACCAAAGAAAAAACUGUAUGUUGCCUAUUACAUCACGAACAAUUGCGCAAAUCCAAUCAAUAUUAAGACCAACUCUUCUCUGCAUCCUGUACUUCCCUCUGUUCAGCCUGGCGGAACAAUAAGAGUGCAGCUACCUUUAUCAGCAACUCUAGCCAUUCGAGUCUUUGAUGCUUUGACUGGUCAACUUCAAAGGAUCAACGGGCAGACAGUUGUGUAUAUAAAACCCACAGAAGAUGAGAAUUCUCAUGUUCGUUUGUAUGUUCCAUACAGAAUCGCAGGUAAUGAUUAUGUACAGUACACUUUGAAGACAAUGCUUCACAAUUCGCCUUUUUGGCCUAUAUUGAAACAUAGAAUGAAAUUAUUGCUUGCGUCAACAUCUUUGUUUUUAAGGCGAUUUAAUCUAUGCAAAUAUAUGUUAAAUAGUACAGUAUGUGUAUUAACCGUGUUUUUUAUGCCAUAAUAAUAUGCCUAAAAAUAUUACUCAGUGCAAUUUUAUCGAGCAGUGCAAUUUUAUCGAAAUGCAGUGCCAAAAAAGAAAUUCAUUGCCGAGAAAAAGAUUUAUGCAGCGAGCACAUAAACAAGUGACAUUUUAAAUAAAGUUUUGACUUUUUACUGUUGAAAACCUGUCAAGUUGUUGAGCGAUAUUCAAAACGUCAAAUUAUACUCGUUCUUCGGACUCGUGAAAUUUUUAUCCUGCAAAACUCAUUCUUGCAUGUGUUUUUUCCAGAUUGGAUUCAAAGCCAUAGUAAUAACUAUACAAAUGAUUGCUUGUUAAAGCUUUAAUCACUGGACGAACUUAUUCACGCGAAGCGAACGCAUAUUGUGGCAGCAUGAUUGGUUAUAUAGUGAAAACAUUUCCCCAGUGAAAAAGUCAGUGUUCCAGGGAGUUAAUGACAUAGAGCAGUUGUCGAUCAGUACAAAUAUAUACAUUUGCUGCUUUUUAGAUCAGCAUUUUCCACAUAAUGUUGUAAAAAUUCCCAGUUAAUUUAAGCGGGACUCGGUCCGUAUUCCACAUGCACCAUUCUUGUAAAUGUCGAGAGGUGUAUUACUCAACAGUCCUCGUAUAUUUCAAAUAUUUUUUCAGUUUUUGUUAAAAAAAUACUGAAAUUGCCAUAUAUCCAUAAAAUUGCAAUCCUCAAAAUCGAGCCAAUAUGUCCUUUAAUUAAAUUUUGUUGGAAAUUCCGCAAAACACCCCGGAAUACAAUGCAGGGAUUUUGAAAUGUCAAGAAUUUUUGAAGAAGCUUUUUCUCAGAGUGAAACACCCUCGGUGGCCAUAUUAUAUACCACGAACGUAUAAACAUCAUUAAUUAUAAAAAAAAUCACCAUAUUGAUUGUAACAAUUUUGAUCGUUAUAGCCACUCAACCUCCUUCUGGUAAAAGAUACUACGUUGCGUUUAGCGUGAGAAAUAACAACGCACGAGAAAUCACAGUUCGCACAACCCUUGCUGAACCUUACCAACUGUUCCAUGUCCGACCUUUUGACACGAUUACAAUAAACGUAGCACAUGACAGCGCUCAACCUGUCUUUAUACAAGCUGUGGAUCGUACAACCGGCACUCCCAUUUCACUGAAUGGCAAACAGUCGAUUACUCUCAUACCGCAAGCUACGCCCGCUGUGUCACAGCUCUACAGUGCUCCAAAUCAGUGUAAGUUGCAACGUAGUUUAUUAUUAAUUCACGUAUACCGUAUAAUUAGUGUUGACCCGAACCAUGCAUGGAUAGCCCGUGAAUGGACGCUCAUUGACACAUCAUGGUUACAUCGACGCAUAACCUAAGCCAUGACUUCCUGGUAAGGAUUGUAAAACUGUUGAUACGUGGGGAGAUUUCUUUUCGCCCCAGACACGCCCCCGCCCGCCCAGUUUUUCCGCAGUUUUGGAAUAAUUACAGAAUUGGUCUUGUGGCUACGCCCGUGCGGAAGAAAACGCCGGAAAGUAGCGGCUCCUUGAAAUACUGUCGUAUUGCUGAUAUGUUUGCUAUUUUUAAUAUUUAGAAAAUAAAGUUGAUAUAUACGCCCUCUAGUUGGGUAUUUGACAGAACAGAAAUAUAUGUCAAUAACGUUUAUUGCUCACUUUUUCAGAUCGACCGGUCUAUCGUGUCACAUUCACUUUGAGAAAUACCGGAAGCAAGACUGUCAUUCUCCGAUCAAAACUUUCUUCUCCGGACCGAAGCUUCCGGUUGGCACCUGGGCAAGUCUACACGCUUAAUAGAACCGUUCCAAAUCAGCACGCAAUGUUCAUCAACGUACGCGAUGCGGUUACGAAUCAACGAGCUUAUGUGAAUGGAAGAACAGUCUUCGUCCUUUUCCCGAAAGUAUAUCUUGUUCCUUACAAGCGGGGUAAGUUUUCACACGUGACAUAAUCUCGUUCGGCGGAUCACCUGAAAAAUAUAGGCGGAACUACGUCGUUUCGCUCGAAACAUUGAAGUUGCGCUUAUAUUUUUCAGGCAGUUGUAUCUCACUUAAUCUUCAACUGUACACGUGACAGUAUGUAGUAUAAGUAAUAUAAACGUUUUGAAACAUAUUGUGAAAACGUUUGUGCAGUCGAACCUGCAUGUAUUAAGGUGGCUCUGUACAGUUUUUUAGAAAUAGAAAAUUUGCGAUUUAGCUAUAUCCGUGUUUUUGGACAAGUAUUAUACUUGUUGAAAAAACGAAAUGCAGCUGACUUAUGUAAACAACAUCUAAAGAGUUUGAAAUUCUGCACACAGGUUUGACUAUAUGCACUGUACGGUCAUGAACGCAAGUUGGGUAAAAUGUGCACGGGUGAGUUUUGACAUGGUGUUUUCAGUCCUUCACAGUGCAUUUUUUCAGUGGUGGGGCAAAACUCUGAGUGCCAAAGUGUCCAUUUUCCAUGCCUUCCUCCAGCAUAGUAUGCGAUCGCCGAAGGUGUGAGCAGAGUACCUCAGGCACGAGUUAACUUGAGGGGUUGAAGCUGGGGGCAUGCCCCCAGGAAAUUUUUAAAAUUUGGGUCUCUGAAAUAGCAUUUCCUGCAUUCUGAGAACACAUUUAAAAAAAAUCUCAGCUUCUCAAAACAAAGUUUCAAUGGUGAAAUUUGUAAUAAAUUGCAUGCUAAACAUUCAAACAUAACAUAAGUUUAAGUAUGCUCACCAACAAAUUUUGUUUUUAAACUUCUUUUCAAUUUUAAUUAAACUCAUUUACUCAAUACAGGUCCUAGGGUCCUGGCUUUGGGGCAACAGGCCAAUUUUUUUCUUCAAUGGUGGGGCCCAGUGGGGCAAAUGCGCCACCAGUCCAUGGUAUUAAAAAAUGCCUUGGACUCCUUCAUUCAAAAGUCCAUCAAAAAAGUAAAAUCACCCCCUUGUCAAGUAGACCGAUAUGUUGAAUUUUUUCGCUUAAAAUCGUUCCUAUAGUGUCUUCUUGCUGUAAAUUGCGCUUAUUAGCCAACCAAAAUGCGUAAAGCGCAAGAAAAUUUGCCCCGUUCUGUAUUUCCGUUCCUUUCUUCGUUGUAUCUCCUUUUCCCCCACUAUGUUUCCUCCGAAUUGCACUGCUGUCGGGCAAUCAGAAAUGAAAAUUUUUUAUGCACUAAAUACUUCGACAGAUUUUGGUUUGCAACUAGCGAUUUAUACACAAGUAGCAAACGGCAUCCUUUAUUCUCAGAUUUUGUGAUCUAGAACAUCGUGUCAUAUAACUUACUAUCUAAUGUUGGAUCACGAUUUUUUUCAACUAGAAAUUGAUUUCGUGCAUUUUCUUUAAAUAUUUUAGUUACGCGUGUACUGUAUCCUCUCCGUUUCUCGGUCGAAAACAGAUAUAAUAAGAAAAUAUAUAUCAAAACAACGCUAUCCAAGCCGUAUGAUGUGAUCACGUUCAAUCCCAAGCAGAAGAUAACGGUUUACGUGAACUCUACAUCAACUAAAGUGGUUGAGGUUAAAGCGUACGACUUCCUUCAAAAUACCGAGUUACUACCCAUCAAUGGUCAAUUCAGUAUUCAGCUUACCCCUGGAGCCACUUCUUUAAUUCCUUUAGCUGUACCUUCAGCAGACUACAGUAAGUAA